AUUAUCAGUUAUCACGGCUCGGUCAGCGGGUGGGCAACCGACGCCACGACAGACCUGGCUUGGCUACAACUCGGCCGCACUGCUGGGUGCGAAGUGCUCUACUGGACGAGUGGCCGCCAGUUCAGGAGGACCAGUGGAUACAGACGAUUCACGUGGCAAGGAGUCGCAGACAUACAGCAGUGACUUUGCGGAACAGGCUUCUUUUCACGUGGAAAUAUGUUACUGGAUGUAAAGGGUAUGACUCCUGAGCAUCGUAGGUAGGAAGUGUACUAGAAGGGAGUAAACUAGUGGAGUGAUGUGGGGAUACUAUCAUUGUGAUCGGUAAAUCGGCACACAUUUUUGCUACGAUCGCUAUCGUUCACUAGUGCGGGUGUGAAGACUUGUGUAACUCGUCUUGAUGUUCCUGGCGUUCUAGCACCGUGGCAGUGACAUCGACUCUUGGUGGUGGACAGUGAUGUGUGACUUGUGCAAGGGCAGGCGACGCCCACGCCCUGUAGGACUGCGAUGGGCACUGGUGACGUCGGCAGCGUUGCUGGUCUGCCUCUGCGUGCACCGCACGUGGUACACACGGUCGGUCUUCUGGGAAGACGACGUGGCGGCGGCGAGCGCGCCUUUCACGUAUCGCUUCUCCAGCAACAACCAUCCUUUCCCAGGAGUCGCGCUGUCCGAGGUGAGCGUGAAGUGCUUACCACGCGGCGCCGUGACCGUGCGCUCUGGCGGCCGCCUGGGGAACCUCAUCAUGGAGUUCCUCUCCCUCUGGACGGCUGCGCGCCUCCACAACCUCACCGCCUUCGUCCCGUCGCAGCUGCGCGAUCGCCUCCACGAGGUGUUCGAGCCGCUGGGCGUGCCGGACACGGUCGAGUUCCUCUCGCAAUCGGGGUGCCCCGAGGACGCCAUGGAGGAGGCUCACCGGCGCCUCUUCAAGGUCGACCUAGAGACGGUGUCGCUGGCGGAGGUUGUCGCACGGGCCAAGGAGCUGCACGUGCCCAUCGUCUUCGAGAUGUGGAUCAUCCUGCCGGAGACGAUAAUUCCACUGGCUGCCGACGUGAGGCGCCGCUUCCGCUACCGGCCGAAGCUACGCGAGUACGCAGAGAACAAGCUGCGGUCACUCAGGAGGACCGUUCUCGAGGCCAAUCCUAACGUCAAGGAGGUGGUGUUCGCGGGCGUGCACGUGCGGCGCACCGACUACGGGGACCACCUGCGGCUGCUGUACGACUCGGACCGGCCGGCGGACGAACGCUACUACGGCCGCGCCGCCCUCUGGCUCAGCUCCACGGUGGUGCCCUCAGGCGGUGAACUUGUGCUGGUGGUGACGUCUGAUGACCCGUACUGGGUGCAGGAUGUUCUGUUGCCACACCUGCGAUCCCUGGGUCUGCGACAUACCUUCCUGAUGGGGGAUGGCCUGCUGGACGAGCCGGAGUGGGAUCUGGCACUAUUGUCCGCCUGCAACCACUCUGUGCUUGCCUAUGGUACCUUUGGCCUCUUGUCAGCCCUAAUGACUGGCGGGCGCGCCGCCGUCUACCACCUGCAACGAGGAGACGCCGUGUCGCCUGCCAUGCAGUUUGCACAGCACAUUACUGGUUGGGUCGCCAUCUCGCAGUGAGGAUCUUAAGAUGGAGGACGGGCAGUAGCCGUCUCUCUACUAGCACCACAACGAUGUCAUUUCAUAUACAAAGUAUCAGUGCUUUGUACACCAGAAUAUUGAAUGUAGUACUAUCAUAACAAUCUUCUGAAACUGUAAAAGGACUGUAAAUCCAGUGUAUCAUCGUAACUAUGGUAGAGAUUCUUGUACACAAAUUAAAGCAAGAACCCAUUACAUCUUCAGUUGGUACACUCAUUCCAAUGUUGGAAACUAUUACUGCCUUUUCUUUCUCCACAAAUGAGAAUUUGCAAACUUCAUAUUCAUUGUUAACAUACGCAUUACGAAAAGUACACAACAUUAAGCUCUCCAAUGGUAAAACUCUGCUGAUUGUGUGAAGUAUGUUCUAAUUUUUGUGAAAAAUUUCAAUUCACUGUGAGAAAAAUGGACUUCUUCCUUCGCACUUGAAAUUAACUCAAACAAUUGGGAAACACAUUCAUUUACUGAUACCACAAUACAUUUUGUCUUCAUGUGUAGUUUAAUUGCAGAUGAUCUUGUUUGGAAAAGAAUUCUCCUAAAUAGCUAAAAUUUCUUUUAUACUUUAUAGCCAGCAAAAAAUAAGCUACCUUUUGCUUCAUUUUCAAAUGUGUCUAUGUUUUCCAUGCUUUAUAUUCAGAAUGAUAAUUUGUUUGCCCAGAUGAUCAAUUUGUUUUGAAUAGUUACUGGUAUUUGUGUGUUUCAUGCUUAAUUUGUAAGUUAUUAAAAAUUACUACUCACUCCUGGGAAACAGUAGUAAUAGUAGGUAAUAGUAGUAAUAGUAGUAGUAGUAGUAGUAGUAGUAGUACCUUUAUUCACCUGUAGAUCUCGUUUUACAACGAUAUAGGACAUGUCAAAGUAUUAACAAGUUUAGACCAAUUUAAAAUAACCUAAUUCGUAUACACAUAUAUUUACAAGCUUCUAGUUAGAGACAAUCAUUAGAUUUACUCCUGGUAUACAAUACUUUUUUAAAAAAUAACUUAUUUAAUAAUGUAACGCCACACUGUUCACUCACAUCUCACUAUCAGUCACUGUACAGUCUCUAUGCACAUUUUUUUUCAUAACACUUCACUCACUACACACUCAA